GAGGAGGGGCAGAAAAGUGUGUAAAGAGGUUUCAUUCACUUCCUGGAACAUGCAGAGCUGAUAGAGAGAAGCUGAGUGAUUCAAGGUUCCAGGUGUCUCCAUUGCCCCUGAGGUCUUUCAUUUUACAGCCUUUAGUAAAACAUCAGGGUGAAACAGUCACAACCUUCACUCAGAGAGUUUUGACUUCUUGUUCACUAUAAGCUGAAGGUGAGUAAUUUUCCCUCAUGUUGGUGAUAGAAUAGCUCAUAUUAUAGUUAACAGACUCUAUUAAAACUUUUUCACUGUGUUGGCGGAAACAAUGGCUCCAAAGAAGCAAAAAGUGGCUGAAAACCAGCAAGAUAUAAAAAGGUUUUUACUAAAGCCAAAUGAUGUUCCUGGUAGUUCCAGCAGCACACCCAGAAAAAGACCAGAAGUUUCAGAGAAUGAGAUGAAUCCAAUAAGUGUGAAGAAAGAAAGAAUAGAAGAUGGAACUGCAGAGCUGGAUGGCCAUAAUCAUAAAUUCAAAGUCAAAUUUGGUUCAAAUGGUGCAGAAUACAUGGUUUACUGUAAGAAACAAGGUACUGUUCUUCAGACAAUAAAGUCAGAGCAACCCAAAGAAUAUAACAAAUAUAUAAUGAGAACACAGAAAAAAAUAUCGGAUGAAAACAUCAUCAUUAGUUCGGGUAAAGGGAAUAAUUCUCACAUUGUUGCAACACAUUUUCCUUGUUCUUGUGUGAAGGACGAAGAGUGUCUCACAAUAACUACAUCAGCUAAAGUUGUUGAGAAACAGCCAGAAGAGGCCAGACCUCUACUAACGGGAAAUUAUUUUGUUUUCUUCAUUGAUAAAGAAGUAGGAGAAAACACCAAAACAAAGAAACAUCUCAUUUUUAGAUGUAACAGAAUUCCUCAGAAAUUUAGGUAUUUCUGUGUUUAUGGGACAAAAGAGAUGACAGUGGAAGAUGCUUUAAGGUGGGAUGGUCGCUUUGUUGAUGGUCUCACACACUUCAAGUUGUCUGAUAAUGAGAGUGGAGACUUUACAAACUCUACAGAAAUAGUUGACAACCUACAUGAGAGGAAAUUCCAGAUAUGUCUUCCAAGGAAGAGAAAAACAAAAGCAACAAAUCCAUCACAAGUAGUUAAAGAGCAAAACUCGACACAAAAGACCAGCCAUGAUCUGCAGCAGGAAAAUGGUUCUGCAUCAACUAAAGAACUGAAGACGAAAGAAACUGUAACAGUUCUAGAGCAUGCAAAACAAAAGGGUGUCAGUAUAAAGGCAGCAAUAGAAGAAUUACAGAUUCAAAUUGACCUUAAUGAGAUCAAUGAGGUUCUGCGGAACCAAAUCCCAAAACUGAAGGAAUUGAUGGAGAGCAGAUUUCCUGAUCGUUCCUUUGAGGAAACCCUGAAACUGAAAAAGGAGAACUUUGGAAAGAUCCAGGACUCCUUUAGUGAAGUUCACACUGUGAGAAAUCUGCUGAAGCUCAGCGAGUCCAUUUGUCUUUUGAUCGUAGAGGAGAAGAAUAAUUCAGAUUUAACUGACUUAAAGAAAGCUGUGCAGGGCACGGGCUUUGUUCUGUUUGACAACUUUGUUCUAACCAAUGCCCACUUGUUUAAACCUUGGGAGAAAAUAAAUGACUUGGGGAACUAUGUGAAUAUUACUGCAGAGUUUAACUUUGAAAAUAAAGAUAAACCAGGGAUGAAAUAUCAGGCUACUCUAGUUGGUGGAACUCCUGAUUUAGAUUUUGCUCUGUUAGAGCUCGACCAAAUCCCUGAUCUAAACGAGCUAAAGGAAAAACAUCCAGGUCUCCUGAAGAAAUUUGGUCCAGUACCUGAACCUGUUUAUGAUAGUGGGGCUUGUAUUAUUGGUCAUCCAGCAGGACAAGUGAAGAAAAUGGACAUCACAUGUAUCAUCAGGAAAGAGCAGAGGGAUCAGGCUGUCGAGCAGAAUGUAGCGUCCCUUCAACAUGUUAGUCUUUGCUCAACUAAGUAUAACAUCAAAAGAGAUCCCGUUGCAGAUAACUGUGUGACCUACAACUCCUUCAUGUAUCACGGCUCCUCUGGCUCCCCAGUGUUUGAUGCUUUUGGACGGGUGUUUGGUUUGCACUCUGGUGGAUUUUUCUAUGAUGAGAUAAUUCCUGGUCACAGUGUUUUGGAGUUUUGCUACCCGCUGCUUGAUAUAUUCAAAAAGCUUCUGGUUGCGCUCCUGAAAGCUGGUAGGAUGGAUUUGUUGUGGAGAAUUCAGGUGGAAGCAAAAGGGAAUCCUUACCUUGAGGAGAUCCUUGAAUCUGUUGGACUGAUGAGAAUUCAGACUCCAUGUGUGGAGAAUCAGGGGAGAACAGAUGGAACAGGAGAUGAAACAGGAAAUGAAACAGGAGAACAGUUUGUUGAGGAGGAAAUGGAGAUAGGUUAGUUUUCAAUUUAGAUGUCAAGACAAAUAACAUCACAUGACAUAUUGAAUACAGUGAUAAACAAACAUUUAACAGCUUUGCUGAAUUUCCUUUACAAAUGUUGGUUCUGCUUUUUUAAAUCUUAUAAAUCAGGGUUGUAAAACAAAUUUUCGCUUUGGGUCAAAGGUCAUGAAUGCUCUUAAAGGACCGGUUGUGCCUGAAUGUAUUGAUAAAACCUGUUCAACUGUUAAAUAUCAAUAAAUUCUUACAAUUAAAUAUCAUCAAACAGAUUUUCAGUCCCUCCAGGAUUUUGUGAUAAACUUUAUGAUAUUUUGUAAUAAAAAAGUGUUUUACUAAUUUGGAAAUAUUUGCAACAUUUGCACUUAUUUUUCAUGGUAAAUGUGAUUUCUUGUAUGGAUCAUGGAUUAUAAUUUGACAUCAGUUCAGACUGUUUAGUACAAGUCAGAAAGUUUUUGACAAUUUUUGAUAAAAAUCUGCAACAAACUCCCAAUUAUUCAUGAGCACAAACAAUAUUUGUUGAAUUUGCAUGAAUGUUCAUCAUAAUUCUCAAGAAACUGGACUGAUUGAUAUAAUUUGGCAGUAAACAUAAAAACUGCAUUUAGUGAAUCUGGAGGGCCACAUAAAAAGCUACCGUGUGCCAGAUUUGGCCCCCGGGCCUUGAGUUUGACACAUGUUCUGAAAUAAUAGUUUGAUUGAAUUUAGUCUGAAUGUUGGGUCUUUUCUGGAACUGGAUUAUUUUUAUUAUUCAAGUAAAAAUGUGUUGCAACAAAUAUUUUCUUUGGUCUGAUUAUUCUGAUCCAUUUAAAUAAAUGUUUUGUUUGUGUUUAAUAAUAACCCAGAGAUAAUAAUAACCUAGCAUCCAGAUUAAAGUGUGAUGUAUAAAGUUACUUCCUGUUGUGUGAAGCAACAGGAAACAAUCAGAUGAGAUUCCUCAUAUAGGAAACUUUUCUUAAAUGUUAAGGUAUGUUUAACUGACUCUAAGUGCCUAAUGAUUAUUAAAUUGUAUGUAUGUCAUUUGACUAUCAUGGUAAUAAUGUUUCUAUUGAAUUACUUUGACUGUUCCUUCAACUUGUAGUUAAUAAUCAGGUUUCAUAGCUGUACUUUAAAUGAACACGUAUUGGUUUCUGUAAUGUUUCAUUGCUGAUGUUUCUGUCAUGUGUUACUGCAAAAGCAAAAUAAAUAACAUAAUAACUUCCA